AAGCAAGUAUAUAUGUUGGAGGAAGAGACAGUCCACUACGAUCUUGGCGUGCAGAUGGGGAGGCCCGAAUGGGACCUUACUUCGUUGCCUGGUGGAGGGAUCAUCCGCCUCGGCAAGCUUUCGCGUCCUUUCAGUCUCUCGAUGGAGCACGAGUUACACUGCAUCAACACCAUUGCAGCCGAGAUAGCGAAGGCCCACAAAUCCCGAUGGGAGCACGUACAGCAUUGCCUGAACUACAUUCGACAGGUAGCGCUUUGUCGCUUGGAUCUGACCUUGGAACCGGGAGAUUUUUCCCAGCGCAAUUUCACUACGGAGAGGACAGGCGUAGAACAUACCUGUACAGAUUGGAUUACGUUGUACGAUAUGUUGGCUGAUGACGAGGGGCGCUGGGAAGAAUAUCAGGCUAGUCAC